AUGGCUCUACCUCCACCGCCGCCUCCACCUGCUGGAUUCACAACCCCGGCAUCCACUUCCACCUCCUCUGACCCUUGCGAUGACGAGGACUCUGCAGUCCGUCUCAUGAACUGGCAAAACUCGGGAAGCGAGCUCAAGUCCAAUGCGGAGCUCAAGCAAUUGGUUGACAAGGUUAUUCUCCAUCCCAAGUUUGACAUUGAACACUUCUGCAAGUUCAAUCCAUCAAAGAUCAACCAACAGCAAGAUGCAGCUGAUGUCAAAUCACUACACCUCGAUGGAUUUCAGGAGACUAGCGUCUCGAUUGAAGUUCCAUCCGGGGACAAGAACACCCCACCCCAUUUCCUUGAUGUUCCUGGCCUACAUUAUCACAACCUAACCUCCAACAUUCGUGCCACAUUUGCAUCACCCAUUGCUUCACGCUUCCAUCUCACUCCAUUCAAACUCUUUCACAACCUACCAAGGACAACAGAGCAAGAGACCACGGAGCGAGAGACCACAGAACAAGAGACCACAGAGCAUGAGGCUAAUGAGGGUGAAACGGAGCUGCAUGAAACCACAGAACGCGAGACGGAGGAGCACGAGACCACAGAGCGUGUCUUCUCUGAGGUCUACAACUCUGAUGCUUUUCUCCAGGAACAUGAAAAGGUUCAAAGUGCGCCUGUCCCACCAGAUGAUCCAGAGUGCAAGCAUGAGAAAGUUGUGGCAGCUCUCAUGUUCUGGUCAGAUUCAACCCACCUCGCUGACUUCAGAACAGCCAAACUCUGGCUGAUCUAUAUGUUCUUUGGAAAUCUAUCAAAACAUUGUGCUUGUGAAUGGAUCUACAAGAAGGCAAAACCAAUUGGCGGUGCCAAAGUUGAACAAUUGCUGAAACCAACCUCAUCGGUACCAACCAUAAAUGCCUUCAUAGACCGAUUAGGAGAAUCUUUUCCACUCAACCAGAUAUUUGUCAUUGAUCUUAUGCAUGAGUUUGAGUUGGGGGUGUGGAAAUCACUCUUUACGCAUCUCAUAAGAAUUCUUUAUGCUGUGGCACCUGAUGGACGUCUGGUCACCAAGUUUGACAAACGCUUCCGGGACAUGCCCACCUUUGGGACCAAUGGCACAAUUCGAUGUUUUGCAACAAAUGCAUCAGAGAUGAAGAAGUUGGCUGCUCGAGACUUCGAGGAUUUGCUUCAGUGUAGCAUUCCUGCCUUUGAGGACCUUCUUGAUGAGCCCUAUAACACUUGUCUCAUGAAGCUGCUCUAUCACAUGGCGGAAUGGCAUGCUUUUGCCAAGCUACGCCAGCAUACAGAAACAACACUCACACAUCUCGAAGGUGUCACAACUGAGCUGGGGAAGCUGCUUGGCGACCCUGACCUGCGCUACUAUAUUUUGGAGUCUCAGAGUAACGCGAUUGAUGUCUACAGGAUGCUGGCAACGUGUAACGAUGACCCAGCAUACAAGAAAUUUCUUCCGACCCUCCAAGACUACCUUCUUGCACAUCUUAAGGGCUGUGAGUUUGAUGGUGAUGACCAGACAAGAAAAUUUACCCAUGAAGAACGCAACGCGGUGCAUAUCCUAGGAGGGAAGAUAUACUCGGUCAAGACAUGCCAGCUCUUCUACACCUCGUACGACCUCCAGCGUAGCUCGGACACAAUCAACCCCACCUCUCAUCCUGACAUCUUCAUCAAGGCGCCCCCAGACCCUGAGAACCCUGAAGAUCCUGCGAGCAACACCUCAGACCCAUAUUGGUAUGGUCAGGUUCUCGGGAUUUAUCAUGCGAAGGUGAACACGUCUCUCCCAGAGGUGUGGAAGGGCUCAGAGAUCCGAUGGAUGUACUUUCUGUGGGUCAGGUGGCUAGGUACUGAGCCCAACUACUGUUAUGGCUUCAUGCAAGGACAUUUACCAAUGGUCAGCUUUGUCCCUUCAAUGCAAGAUGGCUCCUUCGGGUUUUUGGACCCUUCUCACAUCAUCCGUGGUUGCCACCUCAUGCCGGCCUAUGCCUUGGGUCGAACUCAUAGUCUGUUGCCUGUCAGCAGAAGUGACGCACGUUGCUUAAACCAAGAUGAGGAGGAUGACUGGACAAACUUUUAUGUUAAUGUUUUUGUCGAUCGCGACAUGGUCAUGCAGCACUUCGGGGGUGGAAUCGGACAUCUCAGCAAUGCUCCAUCACGUCAACCAGUUUGUUCAACUGCCGAGGGCAAUGGGCCCUCACAGGGUGAAGAGGACGAGGACGAGGAGGAACAAGUGCCCGAGCAGUCUGGAGGAGCUACCGUGGCAGCUAAUGACAGCAAACAAAGAGAACAGAUCCACAGCAACAAUGAAGAAGCUUCAGAAGAUGAGCAGGAAGAUGAUGAGCAGGGCCAGGAGGGGGAGGGGGAGGGGGGUAGUGAGGAUGAGGAGGAUAGUGAGGAUGAUGAGGAUGACAAUACCGACAAGGACAGGAAUGAAGAGGAGGGCGAAGACUCCGAGCACGACAUCGUUGAUGACUCUGAUGGCUAUGCAUCUCUAUAA